GUAUAUAAAUAAACCUUCGAUUUAUAGAACAUAGAAAAUGUGAUUACAUAGAUGUGUAUUUUUAACUCAUUUUUUAGACCAAAAAUUGAAGCCUUCCCUUUUACGAUGGCUGUGACGUGCAGUGACCGAACAGCGAAGUAAGUGACCGUAGAAUAUAUCAUACUAUAGAAUAUAUCAUUAUGCGAAAAAAGGUGAUCGUAGAGAGGCGAGAUUAAGGCAGAAUUUACCGAAUAAUUCACGCCCGCCCUCUGUCUCUAUAUUCUUGACGUUGCAUAUAAGUGAUUCUAACCACGUUUCCAACAAUUUCAUGUACUCUUACAUUUACAACCAUUUUCACAGAUUCCCCGACAUUUACGUCACGCGAAUUUAGACACAGAGUAAUAAUUUGCCUUGCAUAAGAAUGCGACUCGACAAAUAAACCAUCUAACGUCGCUAUUAACAUUUCCUACACUCUUGCAUCUAUUUUCAUUUCCCACCAAACCCCCCCUUAAUUCCCUCCCUCGACACACAAUCAUUGCUCACCUUGCCGAAUCACCAACUAAAUUCCACCCCAUUAUUAAACAUCUUAAUCCAGCCCCUCGAUAAUAUUCGAUCUAUCAACCUUACCUGCGGAAUGAAAAAUUCUAUCUCCUCGCCGACAUAAACGGCAGCGCGAGUAGCCCCGGCUACAAUUGCACCAAGACACCCUCGGCCGGGUGUAAACACACCUAGGGGUUACUCGUGGCUGCUCGAGCGUUGUCCAGCCGAAGCCUACCCCGGAAUCGAUCGUAAAAUCGAGACUAGUAGAGGGGUUGGCAUCAUCGAAUGAACGCUAUCAUUCGAGCUGAUGGCUGUUGGGGGUGGCGCGGCGUCGAGGGUGAACGGUGCGAGCGCGCGGCGGUGGGCGUGGUCGCGAGACCUCCGCCGCCCGGGGUGGCCGUCUCCGUCGACCAAUGACGUGCCGCGGAGGGGAGCGGCCGGCGCCGAACCCGUUUCAACGCUCAGGUGCCCCUGGCCACGCCCACGGGGCGCUCCCUCCCUCUCGCCCGUUAUUGAAUUAAGCUUAUCAUUUGAUUUUGAGGAGACCCACCAGUCGGUCGUCUCGGGCUCUCUUAAGCGGGCCGAAAAACUUCUUUCUAUCCGCGGUAUAAUCGCAAUAAUUUGAUAUCGCUGAUCCGAUUACGCGUCAUAAGCCGCUAUCGAGGAGGUGGCCCCUUCCGUCUGCGACCGUGGUAUCGCUAGGCGAGUCGCCGACGGCGCGAUCCGCAGCCGUGAUUUCGCUGCCGAGGAAUACGCGCGUGCGGGGCCCCGAGGAUCCCGCCGACGGAUCAGGGCCCUGAGGAGCCCCCGGCGCGCCAUGCACAGGUGAAUUCGGGGACACCGAGGCUCGACAAGGUCAGGAUACACGGUCUCGAGGCGAGAAGUCGCGCGAGGAGAGCCUGGAUCGCGGGGGACCACUUUGUAUAGGACUCGGUGGGAGGAUAGGACCCUGAAGAACACCUUGAAGAGGACCCUGAAGAACACCUUGAAGAGGACCUUGAAGAAUACCUUGAAGAGGACCUUGAAGAAUACCUUGAAGAGCACCUUGAAGAGGACCUUGAAGAGGACCUUGAAGAGCACCAUCCAACCCAGAAGAAUCCUCCACCCGUGGUGGUCUUCAAUUCCCCCCCACUGUGACUGUUCCAACGCCUCCCCAUUGACCUCUUCCGUCACAGUUGCUCCUCACAGUUGUUGUUCGUCUCUUAGUGCACCUAGUGAACAAUGGAUUACUCGUACUUGAACCAGGCGGCGGCGGCCGCCGCUGCAGGCUUCGAGGCCUCGAGCUGCGCGCUGGCAGCUAGUGAAAUGCAAUGUGGUUACGGAGACCUGAGCUCUUGCUCGCAGAUGAGUCAGGCCGCGUAUCGUUACACGGCGGCGAGAGCUGGUUAUCCUGGGAACGGUGGCGCCACCGGUGCGGGCACAGGGGCACCGUUAGGGGCCCACCAUACCUCCCACUCUCACGCCCACGCGCACCACGGGGCCCACGCGACGCCUUGUUCGGUAAUGGCCGCCAGGUCCCAGGACGUCCAUCGGCACGCCAUCUUCCCGUCGGCCAUCAACUUGCAGAGCGGUUUGGGGUACAAGGCAUAUUCAGGCCACGACGGGUUGGCAGAGAAGAGGAAACAGCGUCGGAUACGAACAACAUUCACUUCCGCCCAGCUGAAGGAGUUGGAGCGUGCCUUUCAGGAGACUCACUACCCAGAUAUAUACACCAGAGAAGAAAUCGCCAUGAAGAUCGACCUCACGGAAGCCAGAGUCCAAGUGUGGUUUCAGAACCGACGGGCCAAGUUCCGAAAGCAGGAGAGGCUCGCCCAGCAGAAAUCGAACUCCCAGAGCGGGAUCGGUGUGGACAGUGGCGCCUCUAGUCCCGUGGCGAGCAACGUGAAGGCGGAGGGUCGCUCGCCACGAAGUCCAGCGACGCCGCCAGGUGGCUCCAACAGCGUCCUGUCCUCGAACGAGGUGAAACCGAUCGCCAAUCCGAAUCUGGUCAGCGUGAAGCACACCGCGGACGGUUCCACGGAUGGCAGCACGCCCAACACGCGGGGAAGCAACGGCGGCGGCGGUGCAUGGGGAUCGUGCAGCCCGAGGCCCUUCUCCGCGGCGCUACCACCUUAUCUGCUAGACCCGUUGCCCCUGAAAACCGCGAAUCUCUACUAAUCGUCCCAACGAAACCACUCCAUCCCCCAAAACCGUGUAAAUAUAGAGAAUAUCGCCUGCGAAGUAUCGCGUAGUUCUAAGGGAAACGUGGCGAACGCUGUUCAGAGGACGCCAGGUUCAUCGCGAGGCUCGUUUCUCACAGGUGACACCUCGUGGCGAUCUCGACCAGAAGUGGAAUCGUAUUUAAGUUCUCUCGUUUUGCCUCGGUUUCCUAUCGCGUAGGUAGCUUAUUUUUUCACCAAGUUUAUCGUCAUUUUUGGUUAAUUUUUCGUUGGACUCGAAGCUGGGUGAAGUAGUUACCUUGUGAUUCUAACUUUUUGUGUCGAGAAGACUGUCACUUGUUAUAUAUUGCAGACAGAAAAGGAGAUCCGAGCCAGGCGACGAGUAGCUGCAGUCGUUUUUAAGGUUGGCCAAUAUGGCUGAUCGGUACAACUUGGAACUUGGAGAACCUUCCUUCAGAAUUUACUACCAUCUAAUAGUUUGAAUUUAAGGUUAUUAUUAACCCAGCCAGAGCAUUUUUUAACGAUCUUUCCUUUAUUUACCGUGGCAGUCGUUAUAAAUUCCAAGAUGGCUGACCAACACCACUUGAAUCUUUUUUUCAAAAAAUGAUUACCAUCCAGCCAUUUUAAUUUGAGGUUAAGGUCCCACCCAGAGGAUUUCUAAAUUACCUUCCCUUUAUUUACCGGUGGCAGUUAUUAUAAAUUCCAAG